UGUGAGACCUAUCAAUGGCGGUCAAAAAAUCACAAUUUCGAUUUUGACACCUUAAAUUCCCCUUAUUCUCUUGUUUCGACUAUCUGAUUAACGCACUCAUUGCACAUGAUAAUAGAUUCUGAAUUGAGUGGAUGUGAUUUGUGCGAUGUCAGAAAUGCAUGGAGAAAAGAGAAAGACAGGAGGCGAAGUGAGUAGGAACGUCAAAGUUCCCAAAACGUCUACAGAUGCUAAGCCUUGGGGUUCUCCUCACCGCAGGAAUGAUGACAAGCAAGCCACCUCUUCCAGCCAAGAGAGGAGAGGAACAAGCAGUGAUUUGAAGAAAUCUGGUCCAGUACCGUCAACGUCCCAUGAUUCUGCGAGGAAAAGUCUGAAAUACGGCAAUGUUGCAUCGGUGAAGAGGAGACUUAUCUCGCCAAAGGAGGGAGAAAAGCGUGCCAGUAAAAAUGAAAAGAGUGGACACACUCCCCCUGGGAACACCUUGUCUCCUCAUCGAACGAGUCUACAGCGAACCCCUCCUCAUUUGAGAAAAUAUUUCCUUCGUUCACCCAUCAAAACUUCUCCGUUAAAAGGGGCUUCUUUGCUCACUACCCCCGUCAAGAGCCCAUUGCGUAGAACAAUUAAAUCACCAGGUCAGUCGAUUUCACCCCAGCGAUCGGGACAUAUGUGGAGGAGGUUACCCAACAGAAAUUCUAGAGAAUGUUCACCUUAUAAGCUACGCUCUCCCGCUCGGAAGACUACUACCCCAGGGAAGUCAAACAAGUCUAAACAUGAAGAUGAACUGAAUCUGUCUUCAGAUGCAGGGCUGGAGCACCUUAAACUGUUGAGUGAACAACUCUCGUCGCUCAACCAAGAUAGUGGCGCGUUGACGACAGCGAUGUACGACUCAGAACAUAGGAAACAGACUCCGGAUAAAACUAAGAGAACUCCUGGGAAACUGCGGACAUCUGACAAAGAUAAUACGGAAGUAAGAAAGUCCAGGAGUCCUGCAAGGUCUUUGCCGAGCACCUCGAAGAAAUCGAUUUCACCUUUGGGUGCAGUUGAUGAUGAUGAUGAUGAUGACAUGUGGGACAGCUGCGAUAGUGAUGACUCGACAGAAUUGAAUAUCGUGGAGCCAGAUCUUGACCUGGAGGCUGUGUUAGAUACUCAAGCUGAUAAGAAUAAAUUGACUGUCUUGAAUGUCAAAAAUAUUUUACAUCACGUCAUUACAAAUGAACAUGUUGUCGCCAUGGUGCGCAGUAAACUACUGAAGGAGGACCCAACGGACAAAUCAUUUGAACCCAAGAUGACGCGGUCCAAGGUCAAGGAAAUCAUGGAAACUGGUCAGAUGCCGCAUCCCUGGCCCAUCUCUCCCAUCAAGAAGCAAGAGAAAGAGAAACCAGUGACGAUCAUGGAGCUGUCCUUCUCCGAUGAGGAGGAUGAUGAAUAUGACCCUCAGAAGGAUCCCCCAGUAUGCGACAGUGAUGGAGAAGAUUCAGAGAGCUUCAUCUCCUUGUCGCAGACAAGCGAAUUCGGUUCCCCUUGUCCAACGACACCAUCGACCCCUAAGCUAUGGCCUGCUUUUGCCAGGGAUGAUGACACUCCCAAAGGAAGGGGCUCAACACCCGUGCAGUUAAUGCUUAGUCCCCAGGGGCUAAUGGGACCACCCCUUCCACCAAGUCAUUUGCUCAGCAAUCUAAGGACACGUUUAAAUGACAUUCCUUCUGUGGAAUUGGAUGAGGAAGAUGAGGAGACAAUAGCCACCAGAACGAGGUCAAAGCUGCCACUGACGGACACCCCUUUGGAUGAAAUUGAGUCCAACUUCGUCGCACCCGAUAUCACACCAGAUCUGUAUGACACUCAGUGUGAUGAUAAAGAAUGGGGCUUCUUUUUGACGGGGUUGAUGAAAACAGGAGAUCCAGACCUGAACGACACCCUUGAUGAUGAGCAGAAUGAUCCCGAGUACAACUUCUUGGCAGAAGAAGAGGAUGAUGACGAAGACGAAAUGAGAGAUGAUCGUGCUGUCAAAGUGUCAAAGAAGGAAUUGAAUGAACUUCUGGAUGAACUGUUUGAAGCGUAUGGUGGUGCUGAUAUUCUUGAUGAUGAAGAAGCUGACACUACUCUCACACCAAGUUAUAAUGUCCCUGCUCCAAUGAAGCUGAAUGAAAGUCAGAAAGCUGUAGUGAUGGUUGAAGUCGAACAAGAAGAGAGAAAAAAUGACAUAAUGGAGAAACUGCCUGAUCAGAUCCCUGUGAUAUCUGCUACGGAGAAACAACAGUUAGAUGAUCAGAUGAGAAAGCAUACACAGCUUCUGCUGCAAGUUGGUGUCCUUGCAGUCGAUACACCUGGCCUAGAAAGUCCAGCCAAUACGUGCAGGUUUCUUUUGAAUGAAUUGCAGAGGUUUGCCACUCACUCUCCAGCGGGAAUGCGGUCUGUUUUCAACACCUUUAACCUGUCGUCAGCCAAUGAAGCCAUGCAGUCCUACACAAGACACCCCGGGGAAGAAUCCCCAUCAGAUGGCAACUCUGCUCAGUCAAGUAGUAAGAAAGUUAAUGUCCGCAAUGCUACAAGUCCAGAGCAGCUUGAUAUCCAUCAGAAGCGAUGGUUUGCAUUGUGCGAUGCAUGUAUCUACCCGAGACUUCUGCCCCUGGCUAAGUUCCAUCCUCCCCACGUGCAGGUCAAGGAUAAACCACUGUUCACCGACGCAGAGACAAACUUGCUGGCCCUGGCAGUGGGAGAGUUCCAACACAUGGCAAGCUAUAUCAGGCUCAUUCAGUACUACAUGAUGCCUGCAAAGACAGAGGAGCAGUUGAAAACUCACAUCAAGAACAAGGUCGCGAAACGAGCACCAGAUAAUCCAAUUAAGCAAGCAAAGCAGAAGAAGAUCAGGCCAAUGUUUCCUUGUACUAUUGAUCCUUUUGAUGCGAAUCAUCCCAACUUACCAAUAGACCAUCCCAAAGAGGUCAUGCCUCGCUGGUUACAGAAACUCAAAAAGCUAAGUGAAUGGAGGAACUUAAGGAAGGAGCGCCAAUACGCCAGAAAGAAACAACAACGUUUGGAUAAAAAGAUGGCAAUGAAGAUAAGCAAUGUGGAGUUGACUGAUAAUGUUCGUGAGCACUUGAAGAAGAAGAAGGAAACACCAUUGUCUCCUGGAGUCCGGACCCGUUGUAUGAGCAAGAAAGAUUCCAUCAAGUCGACUGUCAUGGCCAAAAUUACUACUCGGGGGGCAAGAAAGAAAUUAUCAGAGACGUUUGGUACGAGCUACGAUGACAUUGAACUGCCUCAAGAUGUCCCUUCAACGAGUCAUAGCAGUACCUCCCUAGAAUGCGACGAGACCUUGGAUGAUCUUGAGAGUUCGGGAGAUAAUCCUGGCAGCAUGAGAGACAAUUCUGGAAGCAUCAGUGAAGUUAGCAUGGAGAGUUCAGUUUCAUCGUCAUCAGAUUCGGACCUGGAUUCGGACAGUGAUAAGGACGCAUCCGGCAGUAAGAGAUCGCCAACGACAACUGAUGCUGUUAUAAAAUGUGAUUUGUCUCUUAGAAAGAUUCAGCCCGCUGGUGGGAAUCCUUUACUGAACUUGCCCCUGAUUACUGUUUGUGUAAAUCCUCAGGGCCCACCGUUAGCCUCCGAGGCAGAGACGUCCCGUGCUCAGCAGGUUGCCCGCAAUCCUAUACCCCAGGCCGUUCAGCCUAUCCAGGCAUACAUGCAAGCUGCUGAUGCAGACCCACCUGUUGCUCCGGUCCGACAGGCCGUCAUGCCUGCUGCGGAGGCUGCACAACCCAAGGUGCCAGAUAUAGCUGUAGUGAGUGGAUCGAACGAGAAUGUUUCCGUGCCUGUAUCGAUUUCUAGCCCAAACCAAAUACCAAAUGGGACUCCUCUCAAACUCAUUGCUUCUGGCUCAGCUCAGGCUAUUUUGGUGUGCAGUCCAGCACAAUCUAUUCUGGGUAGUGCAACCAAAUCCAACGACUCACAGACUCCACCCCCACGAACUCCACCAGCAUUAUCCUCUCCGUCCGUGACAUCCAGUCCGUCUGUGAUCCUCACCCCCGGUAACCAAUCGGGAUUCGUCACGCCAAAUAAAAAGUACCCGCUUAUUGCGCCAAAAUCUUCAUUGGGCAAGUCAGAAAAUAAAGUGUCACCGUUCAUUGACAAACCUGGACUGAAGUACCGGGGGCGGCCUAGUCCUAAGAUCAAACGGCGCCUAGUCAACCGCUCGAUCCAACCGAAGGGAAUUAUCGUCAACGCUUUCAUAUCCCCGGCAAAAAGCCCCACGAAAAAAGCAGCUGACAGCAUCAAAGCACGUCUGCGGAGGAAACCUCGACCGAUUCUCCCGAAGCUACAGAUGCAGAUGUUACCAGAGUCUACAAGAACUAGGCCUGCACUGGUGACACCACCUCGCGAGGGUUUCAGUGAUGAAGAUUACGCUUCCGAUGAGGAUGGCGAUCUGAUAUCGUCACCGGUCGUGGACGAGACCAGUGACUUCUUGGACAGUGAGAUUGAUGAUAACGUGGGCGAUAGUCAAGGUGAAGAAGAGGCUGAGGAUGGUCACCUUGCUGAGCUGAUGGCUGCCAGCACAACGAUCAGCACCAAACGUCCCAGAAAGAAUCCUCUCAUGGAGAAGAGAGCACUCACAGAUGCAGUUUUUGCCUCAAACAUUGUCGAGAUUGAUCCACUGCGUGAUGACCGUGACACAGCAUUUGCCAGGGCCUACCUGACACGAGUCAAGCAAGCCAUGAAAAGUGACCCGGAGAAUUUUGAGAGAUUUGUACAAAUUCUGGCUGAAUUCGGUGAAGAUGGAGAAAAGUCGCCAGUCCAGUUGUACCCAGAAGUUUGUGAGUUGCUCAAGCCCUAUCCGGACCUCCUGCCCGACUUUGCCACGUUUCUUGCACCGGGGGAGGCACUGGAGUGUGGUUGUGCUACAGAUGCUGAAGACUUUCAUCGUGCAAGGGCAUUCCUUCGUAAACUUGAGGUGCAUUUUCAAAAACAUCCCAACUUCUUCCAUAAGAUAGUCAAGGCAUUGGAUACAUGUCGGAAUGGUGCUACAGAGAAGUUACAUGAUCUCCAGGAGAUGAUGAAAUCGCUGCUCAGGGGCCAGCCACAUCUUCUAGAGGAGUUCAUGGCAUUCUUCCCAGAGGACAAACCCCCUAUGUCGCACAUGACAGAUUUUGAGGAAGUGACGUUAGAAUUUAGUGAUGAUGAGCCAACACCAUAUGAAACCGUGAAGGUGCCUGAUAAGGAGACAACCUAUGGCACUAACCGGUGCUGCUGCAGUUGCCAUGGGACUUCUGGUGCUAUGAGGAGGAAAACACAUUGUAGGAAAUGUGCUCUUGCAAUCAUUGACGGUCAGUUGUGCCUGAUGACAAAGAACCGUGGACAGGGUGGUGCUACGACAGUGGUGUUCCAUAAACACCCAGGGCAGGACCACGAUGAUGAUAGCAGACAGUCGGGCCUAUCAAGGCGGGCCAGUCUAGAUUCCAUCGGGCCUGGGCUCAGCGAUAUUGAAAACAUGGAGGACGGUGCACCCGAACCACACAGGAGAAAGAGGGCACAUAGAAAUCAUAAGGUGCUUGCUGAGCUCACUGAUUCGUCUGACCAAGCGUCCAAUGAUGCUGUCGAACCUGGCUACUUCGGUCUAGAUAAUCUACCCAGGAAUAAUGUCAGCGGUAGCCUAGAUGAAGAAGAUGAUGAUGAUGAUGUUGAUGUUGAUGAUCUGGAUGACGAUGACGAUGAUGAUGAGGAUGAUCUAGCUGAUGAUGAGGAUGAUAACAAUGAUGAUAAAGAGGACUUAGAUGAGGAUGAUGAUGUUGCGGAUGAUUUAGACGAUAUUGAUGAUAGUGAUGAUAACAUGGAUGUUAAUGUUGACAGUGAUGAUGAUGAUGAGGAUGAUGACUUUGAUCCGUCUGCUUAUAUCGAGGAGGAGGAAAAUGAAGAAAAUCAAUCAAGUGAGGCAGUAGAAUCUCCUGAGAAUUCGAGAAUUGAAUCUGUACCGGUACAGAUCAAGGAUGAAAAUAGAAGGGCAUCAAAUGAUGCAAAUUUUAAUGGUGCUAGUAGACCUCUUGAAUUAGGAGUUGACAACUUUCCAGAAGAUUCUGGGAAGGUUGGUAGGCGAAUUAAUUCAAAAAGUGAGAUGAUCAUUGAUGAGACUGAUGGGUUAAGUGAUGUGGUGUUUGAGCCAGAAGGCAUCAAUCAGCCCAAGGAAAGUGUUCAACCGGAUGGUGCUGGUAAUUCGAAGGGAGAAGAACGUUCAAUAUCGUCUGGAUCUGAUGUGGCUGGUGAUGGAAAUAGGCACACUAGGCAUACUUUUAGGAAUGAGGCCAUCGGCUCUACUUGGACAAGGGACGAGGACACAUUGAUACUUGAGACUUGUAAACACAGGGGACCAACAAUACGAUCAUUCCGACUUGUAUCCAAUAAACUGAAGAACAGAACAACUGAGCAGAUAUCCGAACGAUUCAAUCAACUCCUUGAUAAAGGGUCAUCAGAAGUUGGCAAGCGAUAGUUUGAUCAAACUAUAGAUGGACACACUGUUUUACCAAGGUGAUGUUCUCCAGUUGUGACCCACCACGGCAAAAUGAGUCGCAUGAGUCGAGUUGAUAUGCUCAGAUUUCACAAAAGGCAGACAAUAGUGAAAUGAACAACCAGUCCGUCACAACCUGUCAAGCUCAGAGCGACAUGCGGCUCAUUUUGCCAUGGCGGGUCACAGUUGGUGCUGACUGUGGACAUAAAUUGUGCAAAAUGAUGAAAAGAUGUUUGCGUCAUAACCCUUUCCAAGUUCUCAAAAGGAGUAUAUGGUAUUCUUAGCCUUCUGUCCAUGAGAUUGACAUGGGCUGGAGAUUUACUGUGUAUUGGACCGGUAGCUGCUGCCACCUUUUGGUAAUAAAGUUCCUCAUGGCCUCCAGGCAUGCUAGCAAGAUACAAAAUGGCUUCACUCAAAGUAUUAAAUCAAAAAUUGAUACUUUAAAAGAAAUUUUGUCAAGCUAAAUGUACGCUUCCAGUUGGUUCUAUAAUAAGCUAGUUCUUAGAAUCGGCAUAUGUCCUUUUAAUGAAGACUUUAUUCGGUGAAGUUUGAGCAUUUUAGCAUGUUGUCCCCAAGUAGCAAAAACUAUGUCGCAAAUUUCACAGCUUACAAUUUUGAAUCAGAAUUUAACAUAAUCAGCUUUAUUUAAAACAUUUGAAAUUUGAUGUUUAGGAGGAAACCUAUCAAAAAGAAUAAGGAGGCCAGGCCAUCAGUCUGUUAACUUUGUAAUCCUGAUAAAUUACAUGAUUUUUGGUCCAAAGGACUAUUAAAGCACUUGUACAUGUACAUGUACAUGUACACAGAGGCAUCACCGUUAGGCAAUAGCGGCCCUUUCGUAACCGCUGAUGUUACUGACUUGAAAUCUUGUACAUAUGUACCCUAGGUCAAAUGACCUCAGAGACUAAAUCUCAUUUCAUGGAUUGGCCACCAGGGGGCCAAAACCCCAAACACAAAAAGUGCUAUUUCUCCUGAACUAAAGGCUGGAUCAUUUCCAAAUAUUUAUGUUGUACUAAAUAUUACACUAUGUUUUUAGCUCACCUGACAGGUGGGCUUACACGAUACCGUGGCGUCCGUCCACAUCUUGUAGUGCAGUGCUGUUAAAUUUACGUGAUGUCAUUUUAUCACCUGUGGCCACUUAUUUGCUGUCCAGUAGUAUGCAGCCUGGCCCGACGAAGCCACCAGUUGUGGUCUGCUCCUUCAUCAAAAAGGUCUUGUGUACAUCAUAUAGUGUUAUCAUUUAGGUUCAGUUCAAUUUGUGUUCAGGUUUUUGCUCUGGUUACAUCUAAGUGUUCAAGUCUCUUCUGAACUUGUCUGGCUAGGGUCUGGAAAUGGUUUAGUUUGGUGAGGUAGACAUUUGCAAGUUACAGGGUCAGUAAGAAAUUGUGGCAUUAAAUGCAUGUUUUUGAUUAAUUUCCAAUUUUGUAAAAAUUAUUUAUGAAAAGGACACAAUUUUAGAAGUUGUGCCUGUCUUAAAAUAUUUAGUACCGGUACUUUGUGAA